AUGCCUGCUAAGCUUGCUAGAGGUGUUAUUUCGCUGAACCAAAAAUAUGUCUGCCUAUCCUGCCGCCUUCAGAACUUAUCACUUGCUGGAGGACGAACAACAAGAUAUCAACACACGGGGCCUACAGAGAACGAUGGCGCCGAUAAAACCCAAGAUCCUAAUCCAAAAGAUGUAAGGAAGUAUGACGAGGCCGCAUCAGGAUCGCGGAUCGGAGACAUAAUACGGAGUUUUAUGUUCAAGUCAGAUCCAAAUGACAAGGAAAACAAGGGCGACUCGAGAAUUGAGCCUCUGGGGAAGAGCAAGCAAUCGCCCCAUAUUCCUGAGGAUAUACCAUCCACAGCACCCCAGCCGAAGGACAGUGCAGAUGUAUUGCAGCGGAGUCUUCAGCAAAAGUUUGCAACGCAGCGGCGUAAAGACAUGCUUGUAAUGCAGGCCAGCCAAGCUUCGAAUGCAACAGCAGAGAAUAAAGAGGUGCCCGAACCUACCAGGCAAAGCCCGAAGAAGUCCUCCAAUCGAGCGGAGAGAUCUGAGCGGAGGCGGAACUCAAAGAAGGCGGCGCCUGGCAAGAAGGCUGUGAAGCGAUCGAAGCAAACGAAGCAAACGAAGCAAACGAAGCAAACGAAGCAAUCACAGGCCAAGCCAAAAGAAGUACCGCCGAUUGAAGUCGCGGAAAUCACAACGUUCACGGAACCUCAAACAGCCGAAGAACUGUCGACACUUAUCGAAGCAUCUGCUAGAAAAGGCCAAAAGACACUAGGAGCGGAAGGCAAGGAAGCCAGUGACAACGAUAGCAAAGGCAGCGUUCCAAGCGAGCAGACGGCGACUGCGCAGAAACUAGACGACAUACUGGACAUUUUAGAAUCCUCCAAGGGCCCAAAAAAACCAGAAAAGCAAGUCAAAGUGGCACGUAAGGUCAAACCCUCGUCGACAGACACCAAACGAAAGGCAGCAGUCGUAACGACACUAAACAAGCGUCAAAAGAGCGGACAAAGACCAGAUGUAGAUCCCGACAAGGCAGCAGCUAUGAUCUCGUCUUACAGUGACCAGCUUCUGGCACAUCUCAAGGCAAAUCCUGAAGAAACCUUGGGAUCAUUAUACCAAUUAAGGGACUCACUCGAGAGAAAAGUUGCCGGCAAUAGUCCCCUAAAUUCGUCUAUGGAAGCCCCUAUCGAACCCUCUAUCGAACAACCCAUCGAACCCUCUUUGAUAAAUCACGUCCGCCGGCCGGAAUCCACAAAACACCUGUCGUUUGCUAAGGAGAGCGUACCGACAUCUGACUCAAAGCUCUUUGCCAAAAAGUCUGAUGUUCCAAGCUUCACUUCUCUACGAGCUGCAAUGGGAAAAAAUUCCAGAAAAGUCAAGGGCGUGGACCUCGAUUCUUUCCAAAAUAUACCGAGUGAAAGGGUCAAAAAAGCUAGAGCUCCCCCUAAAUCAGCCCUCGGAAAGUCCCAAAAACCCAAGCCCCUCCCAAAAUCGCCUAUUGAGAAGGCCACUGCUUCAGACUUAGAGCUCUUGCCUAUCAAGGUGGAUCAGCCCCCUGUGCCAAGCCUAGCUUAUGGACUUGAACGGGUUCUUUUCAAUCCGGGUGUAUACCAUCUCCAGGACCCGAGGUCUCGAGUAUACAAUUUUGAUCCUUAUCUUCAAAAAAUCAUGCCAGUAUCAGAAUUCGAUUUCAAUGCACUGAAGGAAUACAUCACCUCUUCUAGAGACGAAUCGCUCAUGAAAAUCGCAAAAGAACAUGGGAAACGCUAUAUGGGGUCCACAUCUAGCAUGACUGAGGUCCUAGCACACUUCCACUUCCUUCUCUCCCAGUGGCGUCCUAUCAAUCCCUCCAUGCUUUCCAAAGCUUUCCCAGCAAACCUGACGAGCUUUACAGAAUUUCAGCGCACUCCUUCAGCCAUCUUCUUAAGGUGGAAGGAUGGCUCCUAUGCCAUUGAUGCCGACAAACAGUUUGCAAAUGCAAAUGUAUUAAGUAUGCUAGGCAAAUCGAUGGAGAAGUUUCUUACAUUAAGUACCGAUGAUUUUGAGCGCUAUCGCAAGUCUAAUCCGGGUCAAGUGACUAAAGACGAGCAAUUUGCCCCUGAGGCCUACCAUUAUUCGACCUUGGGUGACUUUUUGAUGCGUUCGCAGCUGGACGCCCAUGAUUCUCGCCUGCCUGGAACAGGCAUGUUUGAUUUGAAGACAAGAUCAGUGGUGUCCAUCCGGAUGGACGUGUCAAAUUACCAACAUGGGGUCGGUUACGAGAUCAAGAGCCGUCAGGGAGAGUGGGAGUCAUAUGAACGCGAAUACCACGACAUGAUCCGCGCUGCCUUCCUCAAGUAUUCUUUGCAAGUUAGGAUGGGUAGGAUGGAUGGCAUCUUUGUUGCGUUCCACAAUAUCGAGAGGAUCUUUGGCUUUCAAUAUGUCAGUCUACCAGAGAUGGAUUCGACACUACACGGGCAGUGGGAUACAUCUAUUGGAGAUCAAGAGUUCAGGUUAAGCUUGGACCUCAUGAACAAGGUUUUGGAUCGGGCUACGAAGAAGUACCCUGAAACAUCUCUCCGAAUCCAUUUCGAAACCAGAGACGCACAAACUCCCUUUAUGUAUAUUUUUGCGGAACCAGUGACCGAGGAGCAAGUGUCAGAGAUACAGUCUCAAAACAACGCGAAAAUUCAAGAAUUUGAGCGCAACAUUCUCGGCUUGAUUCACGGAAGCGAUUCCGAAACGGAUGACACCCAAGAAGAUGAUUCUAAAUGGGAGAAUAUACAGGCCGAUGUGCAGGAAGCUAUGGACAAGGAUGAGCUGUCUAUUGAUGAACCCGGCCAAGAUCACGAAGCAAUCGACAAGGAUGCAGAGGGAAUUGAAUCAACCCCUAACCGACCGGAGGUGUUCGAACAAGGUCCCUUGUACGAUAGUAAGAGUCGCCUCGGCGCAGAUGAUGAUGCGACUGCAGCACCAGCUGGAAGCGAAGAAAACGAUGGCGAUAAUGGAGAUGACGACGACGUUGACGGUGAAGAAGAGCGCGAAGAGCAAGAGCAAGAGGAAGAGGAAGAGGAACAGGAACAGGAAGAGGAAGAGGAAGAGGAAGAGGAAGAGGAACAGGAAGAGGAAGAGGAACAGGAAGAGGAAGAGGAACAGGAAGAGGAAAAGGAGGACGGAGAUGGGGACACCGAUGAAGACAGGGAAGUUGAGGACAAUAGACAGCAGGAAGGGCUUGAAGAGUUUCUAGAAGACAAAGCGGAUAUCAAAGCCAACGAUGCACUUGAAGCGAAGCGCGAGGUCGGCGUAGAUUGCGCAGAACACAAUGAUAUUGCGUCAAGCGAGAAUCAUCCAGUCGAGGUUCAAAAUGACGCCACUUUGCAGACAAAGGGGCGCCAUGAAUAUGAUACGGCAGGCGCUACGUCCAGGCAAGAAAGCGCUGACGAAGCGACAGCGUUAACGAACGGCAAGGAUGAUACCAGUCUUUCGCCUGACACGAAGCCCAGCAGUAUUGCGGACGAAGAAAGCCAGCAGGAGUAUCAAACCCAGGCUGACCACGGCUUCCUGGACUCCGUCGACCAACAAUUUGGCCGAGCAGACACUAAUGCGAAAUCAUCCUCUUUGGAAGACAUCCUCGCCAUGACUCUCACCCUCCGUAACAAAGUGAACGGCAAAUAUGUCCUACGACCCGAAAAGAUGACCGCGGCAGACGAGUGGUCCAUCGAAUAUUCCUUGCUUGAAGUAUCAGAACAGCGUAGAGCGAGGCUGCUCUAUGAGGCAUGCAAAAGGCGCAGGAGCAAGAAGCACGAAGCGGUGUUGGUGCCAUCGGAUGCGGAGGUCAUCAGCAAUUACGUUCAAAGGUUAAGGGAGAUGAGUGCGAAGGGAAGGGCGUGGAGGAAGGAGCAGGAUAAGAAGGAUGGGAAGCGGCCGCUGCAGGUGCUGUGA